AUGUCUGAAGGAGACGUGUCGCUCAUACGCGACGAGGACGUUCUACGUCGAAUGUGGCAACAAACAGAGGACUUCUCUCGUAAGAAAGAGAUCCGCGCUCACAUGUACCGGCUCCGAGAGGAGAGGCUGAGGAACCUGUACUCGCCCGACCCUGGCGCCGCCGCUAAAGGUUGUGACUUUUCAUCCACGCAAGGACACGUGAAGUCGUUCGCGGACCAGAGCUUCCAAUCCAUGAAGAGUAAGGAAGUGCGAGACGCGGGCUCUCCGCCCAAGGAGUUCACUUACAGCGGCCAAGAACUGGGGGACCUCUCCAACGCUGGCUGGAAUGUUGAAUCUGAAAACAGAACCUCCGAUGACGGCCACACGCACAUAAAGUCAGUCAACGCGAACAUCGAGGGUACGUAUGACGUCGAAGGAGGACGGGGACAAUUUGCAGCAGUCGAUAACAAUAAGGAAGCCGUCACUGAAUAUGACGACGGAAACACCAGUUUGAGACGCAAAGAGAAUGUUUCUAACACGGCAGCUCAUGAACAAGUCGUGCGCAAAACUGAUGAUGGAACCCAUUUUUCUUCAUCGACGAAAUCAUCGUCCUCUUCUUCGAAGUACGAACAGAUAUCCUCUAAACAUGAGACGAUCCCGUACGAAAUAAAAGAUGACUAUGAUCUACAGUCACAAAAAUCUUAUAUUCAUCGUGGUGAUGAAGUUACCGAUACUAAUACCAAUAGGAUUACAAAAUCGAAUUUGACUUCUCAAAACUUAUCAUCUGAUUAUGAACACGCAGAAUUAGUUUCCAGAAAAGUCGAAUAUCCGGAUGAAAACACGAAGGUUAUUGUGGAAACGAGAUGCUUACCCGAUGGAACAAGAGUGACCAGCACCCGUCGGGAGUUCCGAGCUCCGGCGGUACAGACCAGCCGCAGUGAGCACCGGUCCCAAAACACGAGGACUGAAAGUAAAUCAUCUACGUAUGAGUCAACACAAAAACGAUCACAAAUUAAUGAGACAUCGUCUAAAUACUUUCAAGAAGAUAUUGACAAUAAACAAAACGAUAUUGUAGAAUCACAAAGAAAUAUUGAUGAGUUUGAUUUUAGAAGAAAUAAAGACCAACAAGAUACUUUAAGUAAUAAGGAAAAACUGUAUCAAAAUAACCGCAACACUGAUGAAUCAACAAACCUACAAAGAGAAAUAUACACAACAAAUAAUUUUGACAACACUCAACCUGAUACUAACAAGUACAGCAGUUCAAUAAGUACUGUCCAAGAACGAGAGAAUAUUGACAUUCGGAAAAAUAUAGUGGAAGAAAGGCAAAUAGAAAAGUCAACAUAUCAAACAGAGUAUUCACUAAGAAAAAUAAGCGAUGAUCUGAGCCCUGCCCACCAGGCCUGGGCUAGCACUCUUCGUUCCGAUACGCCAUCAAGACCUUCUACGAGGGCGACUUCUCCCGGAAGUAAAACUUUCAAGUCCAGUACAUCUUCGGUACGUAGUAGCGUUAGCCCUGAAAAAACUUAUUAUAAACCAUCUAGCCGAGGCAACAGUCCUAAUAAAAUCGAUAAAACUAUCAACAAUAUUGUUGAAAGUCAUUCCACCACAAACUCUACUAAAACAACCGAUAAACAUACUAUCAGAUAUUCUAGUCCAGAUCGAAAGCCGCUUAGAUCAAGCAUUUCACCCGAAAAAAAUUAUACUCCGCAAAGAUCUAGUCUUAGCCCAGAGAAGAAAAUCAAAUCUGAUAGACCAAAGUCACCUACAAAACAACACCCUAAAGAAAAGUCUCCUUCAAGGUCAACAACAAGUCCAGAAAGCAGACCUACUCCAAAUUUUUCUGGUCCACGAUCCGUAUCGCCCCAGAAGCAGAAUAUAAUCAAAGAAACUGAAAUAGAUACUGAUUAUUCUACAUAUAACAAAAAUUCGAUAGAAAAAGAGACGUACUUUAAGAAAACACAUAGAAGUCCAAGUCCUAAAGAAAGAAAGAAUAUGUCAAUGUCGCCGGAACCAGAAGCUAUUAAGGUUAAUUCUUCAAACAAUGAACCUAAUUAUAUGAGACCAACAGCCACCAGCAAACCAAAAUCAACCUCUCCUACAAAUAAUAUUACACCACAUGGCACAGAAGUUAAAUCGUUUGAAACUAGAACCAAUGAAAUUAGUAAAGAGCACUACAAGUUUAUAGAUGAAGAAACAAAAAUGUACACCCGAAAUGCUGCUGAACGAAUUGAAAAUGUAACAACAAAAGUUCAAAAAUCUAAAACUCCUGAAGAACAGAGACCUAAUGUGCCAGAAAAUAUAAAAAUGCGUAAACAAUCCCCUAGCCCUGAUAAACAGUGCAAACCAAAUGUUGUUCAAAAUGAGUUUGUUGAUUCUGAACCACUGAAAAAGGAUUAUAGAGAUGUAUCACCUAAACGUAAGACUCCUACUAGAAGUUUAUCACCGGAAAAAGUAGGAAAAAGGGAACAAUCUCCUUUAAAAGACGAACGGAUAUUAGAAAAAAAUAGGAGUCCUUCUCCUCAAAAACAAGUUCCUCGAACUGAUUCUGAUUUAAAAACGAAAAAGGUUUUGGAACAUAAUAAAAACGAAGCUCUUAAAAAAGAAGGCAUUAAAGAGCCGAUUAAAUCGAAAACACCUUCAAGAAAUUCAUCUCCUGAAAAGAGUGUAAAGACAAAUGAAAAACCAUCCACGGCUUCUCCCAGUUCAAAAGCAAAAAGCCCUUCACCAAAUCGAUCCAUUGCCACUACUGUGGAUUUUAACAUUAAACAAGAAACACAUAUUUCAGAUUCUUUAGAUGUAACCUGUGAUAUAACUACGGGACAAUAUGUAGAUAACCCUACUCAAUCUCAACAACCAAGAGACCUUUCUCCGGAAAAGAACUUUGGAACUGGUUUGUCAGAAGUUCCUCGCCGAAAUUCCAAGAGUCCUUCACCACAUCGUCGAGUAUCUCCCUCAAAAGAUAUUCAUAAACAACAAGACCUUGAAAGACCAAAAAAUCGCGAUAAAAAUAGUAAAAUCGAAACAGAUUUAACAAGAACUGAUGUCAAAAAUAAAGGUGAUAUUAGAUCUGUUUCUCCACAAAAACAAACAAAUCAAUCUCCUAGAAGUGUAUCUCCUCAAAAGAAUACGAAAGAAACUAGUUUUAAAGAUACCAAGGACUUUAUUGAUAUAGAAAAGCAAAAUGAGGAAGUAAACAAAAAGACAUUAAGAGAACGUCCAAGACAACUUAUAACUCCUUCAACAAGCCCUAGUAGAAAACCUAAAUAUAAUGAUAAUUCCCCAUCCUCUGAACAAAGCUCUCCCACAACUUCCGCGAGUGGUUUUGUUUAUUUUGGCUCUCCAGAUGUUGAAAACAAAAACGUCCGAGAUGUUGAAAGUCACACAUAUAACUCAGCUAAUAGAGAAGAUAUAAAUAAUGAAUUAACUGCACAGACCACCACAUCGAAAAUUCCUUGUAGAUCACCAUCACCUGAAAAACGACCAUCUGUCAAGGAAAGCCUUCCCCGUAAGAGUUCGCUUAAGAAGACUUCUUAUCCACAAAUAUCACCCACGGAAAAACCACCGUCAAGCUUUCUCGUUUCACCUAAUAUAGAAAACAAAGAGUUUACAGAACAUAAAGUAACCAUAAAGGAUCAACCCGACGAGAAAGUGAAGGAUAUUAAACCAAAACCUCCAUUUGAAAGAAGAGAAACUUAUGAAGAGCGAUGCCGAAAAAUAUUAGGCAUGAUGAAUACAGAUUCCGAAAAUAACGAAAUUCAAAAACAAAAGGAGUCUGAUUCUAACAACAGUUCACCAAGUGUCUCUCCAUGUCAUAGUCCAUCUUCUGAAAAAGAAACUUCUGAACAUUUUAAGAAACCUACUUUGGUACAAGAGCUAAAACAAAUGGACAGCAAAGAAACAGAAGAGCAUAAAAUUACCAUUUCGGAACAAGAAAACAUUACAACUUAUAAAAGUUCACCUAAGAAAAUUACACCUAAUGUUGUAAAAAUUGAUAAAUCGAUUUUACAAACCAACGAAUAUGAUGAUGUUACAAAAAGUUCUUUACAAGACGUUACAUCCUCAAUCGAUAAAACUAAAAUUGAGUCAACUGAUAUGAAACCAAAAGAUUAUGAAUUAAACCCUAUUCCUAAGAAAACUCCAGACACUUUGAAACCUACUAAAAGUGACAACUUGUCAGGCCAACCUAGCCCUGUAUUGAAGACAAUUAACCAUGUUCAGGAACUUGAAAGAGAACCUAAACCAGUUUUAGACAAGGGUUUGAUAACACCUAAAAGUCCUAGUAAAGACAAAAAGAAUGAAAUUACGGCUGAACGUAAUAGUGUACCGAAAAAAGAAAAGUUGUAUCCAGAUGUAAAAGAUGAUUGUGAAUUAAAACCUACCUCUCUAACAUCAAUUUCCGUACAAAGAAAGGAGAAAAUUGAGACCCAGAAAACAUAUGACUUAAUUGAAAAAGAAAAAGAAGUUAUGGAAAAAAUACAAAAUUCUUUAAGAAAACUCUCUCCGGUACGUAAUCAGAAAAAGGAUAAUGAUACCAUCACUGAAUCAUCUUGUACGUUAAAGAGUUUAGAUAUUGAAUCUAAAAAUAUUGAUACUAAUUAUGUCUUAUCAAGUGACUGUGAAGAAAUAGUCAAGGAAAAGAAAAUAAGUAAAAAUGACAGUGAUUUAGAAAAUGAGAGACCAAAACCUCAAAAAGUGUCAGGCAAGCCCCCGUCUAGAAAUGUAUCACCUACAAAAAAGAAUCUUAAUUCUUCUCCCGUAUCACCGAAAAAACCAUUGUCUCCGGUAGAAAGACCAAAAUCUCCUCAAGUACCAAAAACAAUUAAGCUCAAACCAAAAGAUCAGGGAACUGGAAUCACUCGUAAAACAAAUCUUACAUCUCCAACGAAAUUAGACAAACCUGUUACCUCAGAUGCUAAAAAAGCUUUGCCAAAUAAGCAAGGAAAUUAUGGAAGACCAUCCACAGAAAAAACAACUCCAAGCAAAACAGUACAAAGUUCCCUCCCUAAAAAUACGGACCAAGAAGUUAAGCGUGCGCCUACUCCAAAGAGUGUAGUUAGAGAUGUUGGGAAAAAAGAUUUACAUUCAAAAUUUGAUAGAACUUCAAGUGACACUAGUCUUAAAACAAAGAAAACUAUCUCUCAAAGGCCGAAAUCUAAACCUGAUAUUCAAGUCAACGAUAUAAGUGCGGCUAGAGUUGUAAAACAAACAUCCAUACCGAAAACCCCAAAAUCACCUAUACAUCACGCACAAACAAAACUACCUUCAAAUAAACCCAAAUCUGCAACAACUUUAAACACAACAAGCGAUGAUGAUGAUGUAAUCAUUGAUGUUCAACAAGCCAAGUCAUCCCGUGAAAACUCCCCUGACCGUAUUUGCCCAACACCAGUAGGAUUUUCAGAGGAUGAUGGAUCACCUAGAUUCCCCGAUGAAGUCAAUGAACCUGAUGAUGAAACACAAAAGAGGACCUACCAAACAAUUCACGAAACUGAGUCUUUAGUCGACGAUAUAGUAGAAAUAUGUGAAGAUGAAGAACUUUUUGUUAGGAAGACGGAUGUAAAUGAAACUAUCAAUAACGUUGAUAAAGGGAAAUAUUCUACAAAAUCGUUUAAAGAAACCGAUUAUUUAGAUGACAAGUUAAAAUCUGACGAUUGUUUACUAUCCGUAUCCGAAAAAGUUAAUAAAUUUGCUAGAGGAAGAGUAAACAUAAAAGAUAACAGAAGUCCAUCUCGGAAUAUUACAGAUGAAUAUGAUAAACACACGACCUACCAAGAUGAUUACACGAAGUUAAGUGUAAAUGACAAAGCUCACUUGUUUAUCGAAACCGCGGAGAAUGUCAAAGUAACAAAACCUAAAUCCGUGCACAAAGUUGAACGGCCUGACCUUAGCGACGUAGAUGAUGAAUUAAAAAAAGACGACUGUUUACUAAGUGUAUCUGAUAAAGUAAACAAAUUUGUGAGAACUGCCGAACAAUUUUUAAGCGAAACACAUGAGACAGAAGAGAAAGAAAAGAAAAUACUAGAAGAACAUGAAAAAAUUAUGAAGAGAAUAAUUGGUAAUAUUGAUGAUAGUUCGUCGGAACUACAUAGAGAUACAGAUGAAGUUGACGAAACUUUAAAGGAUAGCAUUAAAGAUGCUGCUGCAACUCCUUCGAAAAUUAAAAAUCUUGACAACACAAACCAAGCUCCCUCUAACAAAGGUCCUGCGGUAAAAAUAACAACAUUACGUAGCAGUGAAGCAGUUAAAAAGGCUAAAGCUUUGUUUGAAAAUAUAUCGUCAACAAGCCAAAAAGUAAAAGAAUCAUCUAAAACACCUCCUAAGUCGCAUACUGUGUUACCCAAAAAAAUUACGAAACCUGAAUCAACAGUCAUCAAACCUUCUGCAGAUAAUAAUGUUAUUUCCAAUGAAACAGACAAUAUUACUGUCAAGGUUGUCGAUAAAAAGAAUAAAGAAGUAAAAACUAUUGAGUAUGAAACAACUUCUCAUAAUAUAGAAGAUCAAGUAGGACGAAUAAGUACUGACAGAAUUCACACAAAAUCUCCCUCACGUACUGUUACCGACACUACUUCAGUUGUUACUAAAGUUUAUAAAGAUACUACUAAGCAGACACAACCUGAGAAGCUUGAUAAACCAAUUGACAAAGUACCAGGAUACCAACGACCGACAAAAACGACUCAAAACAAGGAAGAGCCAAAGGUUGUUGAAGAAAAUGAAGUUAGUAGCCGACGUGGAAGUGGAAAGUUUGGUGUUGAACUUCGCAGAACAAGCACAGAAAGAACCACCAGUAGUGAGCGUCGCCGUAGUAGCAUUGAACAUCAUCAGCCCUGUAUAGAAGAUAUCUACGAUGUAGACCUCCUAGAACAAAUGUUGGAAAAAGUCGUAGGUUAUGAACAGAGGCGGCGAAUCAGAGCUCAAAUACGAGUGGCAAAGAAACAAAAUGAAACAUCCACAAUAUCUAAAACAAAACAUAUUGUACCUAAAAUAACCAAAACAAAAUCUCCUGAUCGUCCCGGCAACAGAUCACCGGAUAGAAAAAUGCCUACUGAUAAACAUAAAUCUCCUGAAAGACACACGAAAUCACCUUUACCAAAAGCUACGUCUCCUGAACGCGACGUAAGGACUAAACCCCAAAUUACUACUACUACUAAUACGUCAUCCAAGAGCGAAAAUGACAAGUUUAUUGAACACGAAAAGACUGUGUUACGAGAAACGCAACAGAGAACGCAUAGUCCUGACAAAUUAUCACCUAAAUUGUCAAGAAACUCUAAAAGCCCUAUGCGUCAACCCAGUCCAGACAAACGAUCCAGACCCGUCUCUCCCACUAAAACUCCAGCUAAUACAGUCAAACCAAAAUCUAAUCGCUUUAAUGAUUAUGCGUCAGCGUACAUGAAAAAAGUAGGCAUUAACACUACUGAAAAAUUAAAAGAUACUAAAUCUAAGAAAACUACAUCUGCUGAAGAUGUAAAGACGAAGAAAAUAAAAGCGGAGGAGAACUCAGACAUAGCACAUUCGUCAACGUUGUCUCGUAAAACAACCGAAGUCACGUGUACUAAAGAUGUCAUUGAGAUUAUUGAAGUAAACGGAAACCGUUCACCUACACGCGAGACUCGUGUGCCAGACACAAAGAAAAAUAUUAUUAAACAUUCUAGUCCUGAGAGGAAGGUUGUUAGCCCAGAACCUAAAUCACAAGUACGGGAACAACAACGACGAAGUCCAGAGAGAUCGCCGAGUCCUGUUAAGAGGCAAAAAUCUGAUAUCAAUAAAAAUGAAGGAAAGAAAGAAACUAUUAUUAAAACGGUAUAUGAUAUUGAGAAGAAAAUACCUCAAAAACCAAAGCAAGAGGAAAAACCAUCGUGGGUCACAAACAGAAACUUGAAAAAGGUCACAUCUGAAACACGAACAUUCAGUUCAAAGAAAAUUGAACCUGAAAAGCCCAAGUAUAGAGCUCAUAGUCCUUCUAAGACAAUAUCGAAACCUAUAGAUGUGAUCACUUCAAGCUACGGCCCGGGACCCGUGGACGCAGACGGUAGACCACUUUUUGGCAUUAAAGCUUUGAGGAAUGGAGCUUCAAAUUAUCAAGUGAAAGGCACGGUUAUUCGUCAAGAGUUUCAUUCGCGGAACGGAGGUGAACCAGAGGGUACGGUGUCGGUAACAGCAUACUCCACGGAGCCCGAAGACUUGGAGCGUCUGCUGCAGGCCCAGGGAGAGAAACCAUCUCGUCUUCACGGCCUGUCAGCUAUCACCACAACGAAGAAAUUCGGUGGUGACACUGGUACUACGUUGAGGGAAGCUCACAAUAAGGAGGAUCGUGCCGUUAUCGACCAGUUCACACACAGCGACCGUAAAGUUACUGAACAUAAAAUCCUCACCAGUUCCAAUCACGACAGGAAACAAAAGAAUUACGGACAUACAGAGACAGUACAAGUUAUAGAAAUAGAUGAAGAUGAUAAAAUUAACAGAGCGGCCGGGGAAAACGAAACCAUUUACAAACACGACACUAAAGAAUUGAAAAAAGAGGCAAGUGAAAAAGAAAUUAAAUAUAGUAGGAGUCAGAAGGAGACCAGAGAGAAGAAACAAGAUACGGAAAGUAAUAAACGUGGACUGGAAAAGAUGGAUAGACCUGCGAGAGUGGAGAAACGAUCUGAUGAGAAGAAGACGAUAAGACAGAACUCUGUUAAGUCACUCACUGAAAAAUUUAUAAAGAAUGCCAGUGAGACUUCCAAGUCUGAACGAGCCACGUAUCCCAAGGCCGGCCUCAUACUGCGAACCAGCACCGUGAAAGACUGCGCCUCCAGUGACUCUUCAGCACACGCCGGCCUCACACGCGGGGACAGCGAACACAGUCUGGACUCUAUGGACGAGGUGAUCACGACCACCAACACGGAACAAGUGUCUACUGAGGACGGGAUGAGGACUACCACGACCACCACAACCACGAGGACCGGCUCCAGGACACAGGAGAGAUCCUUCCUGGACAGUUCCACCAAGGUCACCGGAGUACAGGACAUACUCACGAGAAUGAAGAACGCUGACAUCGUGAUCGAGGAUGGAGACACGUGUGAAGACACGGAGGCGCGAGCUCUCCUCAACAAGUUCCUGGGAGCCACGGUCCUGAUGGCCGGCAUGCAGAGCUACGUCACCGAGAAACCCUCGGGGAAGGUCAUCAUCAAACAGCAGGAGACUGUUCAGAGUAGCGGCGGUAAGGUGACCAGCAGUCGAUUCAACGAGGAGUUUGACGUUGACCAGUGCUGGGACGAGCGGGUGCUCAAGAAACUUUUGGAGGAGAGCUCAGACUACGAACAACGUCGCCGGCUUCGAGCACGUAUCCGUACCCUGAUGGCCGAACAGGAAGCAUGUGCAAGUGCGGUGACGGAAGCCUUGGCAGCCGCGGGCGAGUCCACGGAGACGGAGGAUCAGUCCGGUGAACGCGGUGAGUCUCUUCUCCUGCCGCUGCUGCAGGGGCUGCUUCAAGGAGGCGGUCAACGGCUGUUGGCAGGUCUCGGGGCGGCCUCCCACGACGUUGUAGCUGAUGUGAGGCGCUCCUUACAACGUCUGCGGGUCGCACUCGCCCCUCCUAACGACCACCCUCAGGCGCGGGCUCUCCUCACUCUAGCUGACAGGCUCGAGGAAGCACUCGAUGCCGCGGACCGACUGGACGGUUGUAAACGAAAGACCCGUCGACGUAGUCGAACAUCGAGACACACGGUCGGCGUCACUCGAGAGGAACUCGAGGAAGCACGUAGAAUUGUGGACAGAGAUCAACUCCUACCCGAACCUAUUAAUCCGCAAACUCCUAAUACACCUUCGAUGACCUCGAGGUCCACUAGCGAAGAAAAUCCAUCUACUCCUGAAAGAAAACAAAGCAUAGAUGAACAUAUAACCUUUCAUAAUGCUAGUGAGGAGCGACAAAAGACCGUUCAAGUUCCACAACAUGCUAGUAUCAAUUCAGUUGCUAAAGUCAAUAGAGAUGCAAAUAUAGUUGAAAGACGAGUACCAAAUAAUCGAAAACCAGACUUUUUCAGACAUUCUAUAGCGGAUGUUAAACCUGAACCCCCUAAGAGUCCAGCUGAGCGAUGGCAUUCUGAAACUAAAAGUAGUAUAGCGGCGAUCGCCCAGAAAUUUAAUGGCAAUUUGCAGAAGGAAGCUCCAAUACGACGGGCUCCUCUGAACCGACCCACAGUGACAAUACAUUCAAAAACAGACGAGGAAUCUAAACAUGCCUCCUUCUAUAGGCCACCUCCGCCGGGUUAUAAUUUUGCGGCACCACAACCUACUGAUGACUUGUCGAAACCUCUCAAUCGUUUUUCUAAUAAUAACAGCAAACGUAUGCGUAUGAAACGUGCUAACACUAUAGAUAUAGGAAAACCACUGGGUGGGUAUAAAUACGACAGGGAAGACGAUGAAAAUACACCAAGCCUAGGUCCAAAAGUCCCAGAGUUUCAACCGCAAACAGAAAAUGACAGAAAGUUUUUAGCAUUUAUGCAAAAAAACGAAAACAUGAACCGCAGUCCAGGCACGGGUCAAGCUAAUUGGAGCAACCGCUUUGGUAAUAUCAAAAAUGCUUUUGAAAAUCGAGAUCGAGAAGAUAAUAUUAGAGCUUCAAGUGCUUCCUCAGCAAAACGCUUUUGGAAAACAACAAAUGAGAACUCUGCUACAUCUAAUCCUCGACCGCGAAAAUUUUUAGCAGACGUUACCUCGGAAAUAGUCAAGCCACCUUGGACAUCACAGCGCAGAGAUUCUCUUCGAACUCAACCAAAUGGUCCCCAGGCGUUUGCACAGUCAUCAGUAGCGCAAACGGCUCCACUACAAAAAAAACAAAACGUAGUUCAAAAACCUUUCGUAGCAAAACCUAUACCGGUAAAUCAAUUUUCACACGCUCCAAUGUCUGCAUUCAAACCACCACAAAAAAUUACGUCUCCAAUAUCUGUUGUCCCAAACGUAUGGAGUCCUCCCUCUUCAAAUAUUCCAGUAUCUCCAUCAGUUGAAUACCCACCCGCGUACCCGGUCGUUUCAAAUCCGCUUAGUCCUGGAUCUGGUGCUUCUAACUCGUUUGUAUUACAUGAUGUUGAUAAAAACAAAAAAGUAAAUGCAUCCCAUACGCCCCAGUUUGAAAAAGAAAAUCAAUCACAAACCGUCAUUCAACCAAAAAUAUAUGCAUACGGAUUUCAGCCCUCGCCUCCGACUCACGUACGUCCACAGGCCUUUAAUUACCCUAUCAAACCUAUACCCAGUCAGAAUAACCUGGCUGCCCCUGAACUAGUUAAAAAACUGGGCGAACCAAAAAGUAUAUUUAGUCCAGAACCAUAUUCACCGAAAUUAGACGCACAACAACUUCAAAUUGAAUUUUACGAAAGGCAAAUUCGUGAAAAACAUCGUCGAGAUGCAAUUAAUGAAAGCCGCGACGUUCCUCUUCAUAAGCCUCCUCCACCUCCUGCACAAUCUGCUUAUACAAUAGUUGACUAUACGCCUCAAAAUGUACCGGCUACAUUUGUACCUCUUCAACAGACACCUGACAUUGAAAAAGCUAAAGCACAUAAAGUGGAUUACCUCCCCGAUGUUGUUAUGAACGAAAAAAAUAGUUUUGAAUGUAAUACGCCACCCGGAACAAGAAUGACUUCCGCUAGUCCUUCAAAAAAAAAAGUUCCUCAAGAACAUCAAAAUGGAGAUACCACAUUGAAAGAUGAGACAACUACGGAGCAUGACUGCGUUGUGACUCGCGUGAUGCGCGGUCCCAUCCGAGGCACUGCCACUAUUACCACCGGGGUUCGUACGAGACAUUCUGAAGGGGCGGCGGACAGCUUGAGAGGCGUCCUCGACAAACUUACUUCUCCCAAAAACAAUGUCAUCACUCAGAUCGAAAAGAAAAAACAAGAAGGAUCACGAAGUCAGGUACGACUGGUGGCACCACAGUCAAUCCGCCCCGGGCUAUCCCCCCCGCACGCCUCUUUGUCGCCCCGUCCAUCCAAUGCAUCCGACCACGACGGGUACCCUCGAUCCCCCGCCGGGUUGCGCAGCCCCGCGCUUGCGGCCUCACGUGAAUCGGUAUUCUCUAGUGAGUCACCAGGAAGUCGUGGCUCGAGUCCAGGAUCAGCUCUAGCUCGAUCCGGUUCUUGGCACCGCUUCGGUGAUUCCGACAAGAUGAUAUCUUCCAAGAGAGUUGUAGCACGUACCAAAUCGAUGCACCUCUUAGCGGUCCCAAAACUUUUCGAAGGAGGUAUCCCAUGCGAGGAACUUCCGGAUAAGAAGAGGACGGUCGAGGCGUAUUUCUCAAAACAGUCGGACAGACAGUCCUCCAGCCGCACGAGCGGGUCCCAGGCGUCUCCGGUACGUGUCCGUACCACUCGCUCCUCUCAGCAGCAGUCGUUCGCUCUGGGCCGCAGCCGCACGAUGCCAGCUGUGUCGGAGCUGCAAUUCCUCGACGAAAGCAACGCGGACGACGCAUUCGAGGACCUCGUGUCGGCGCUCGCGUAG